AUGGCCCGAAGAACACACAAAAAAUCUCGAAAUGGCUGUAUUGAAUGCAAGCACCGCCACAUUAAGUGUGAUGAGAAAAGACCAAUAUGUUCCAACUGCAUUAGUUCGCAGCGUCACUGCGGGUUCCCGGAUCCCGUACCUACCGAACAGCCUCACAGUGUUACAAGUGAACCUGCUAUUUCAUCGCGCGCUGUUGUAUCGCCUGCCGUGACUUCUUCGCCCACCCAAGAACCCAGCAAUAAUCCCGAAGAUGCUCCUGUUAAUAUGCUCCAUGUGGAGCUUGUUCACAAUCUCUCUUCAGAGACUAUAAAACCAUUCAAUCAUUCUAAUACCCCGUUCCAUGAUAUCGUGCGGUAUGGCAUUGGUGCGCCAUAUCUCAUGAACGAGCUUUUAUCUCUGAGUUCUUUGCAUCUCAGCAUCAUGAGACCGGGACACCGGGAUUUCUACCGGCACCACUCUACCCAGCUGCAGAGUUACGCGCUGAGCUCAUUUAACAGCUCAUCCUCACAAAUCAAUGACAAUAACUACGUCGCGGUUUUCCUAUUCGCUGGCAUUUUGGGGGUGCAUAUGCUCUGUGAGACACUAGUCUAUCGAGACAAUGACUUUGAGGGUUUUCUCGAUCAAUUCGUUCAGCGGGGGAGAUGGAAACUUUUACAACAAACAGCAUUGAAACCGAUAUUGGAUCUCGGAGCAAGGAUUCCUUCAGGGAAUGAAAUUCUAGGUCCGGUUUGCCAUGUGCUUUUGGACCACAUCAAAGGCCUUGGUCACAACGAUACUACUACGAAAAUAUACAAACAGGCUAUCCAGGCGUUGCAAUCUGUAAUCACUGUGAUCGACAGUCAAGCUCCAGGGUCCGACAGCUUAAGUGUCCUCAUUGCAUGGCCGAUCCUUGUCCCCCGCGAAUACAUUGAUCUGGUUGCACAGAGGAGAUGUGAGGCUUUGGUUAUCCUGGCGUAUUUCGGCGCCCUUGUUAAUACCCACAAGCACUCGUGGGUAUUCUGUGAUGGCGGCAAGUAUCUGGUUGAUUCAAUCACUCAGUAUCUUGGACCCCAAUGGGAAGAAUGGCUGUGUUGGCCACGGCAAUCUCUGAUGGUGGAAUAUCCGUAG